AUGAAUAGAAAGCAAUGGGAGCCUGAGGUUACAUGUGCUCGCAAUAUCGAAGAGAAAAUUUCAUGCAAGACUGUGCAACAACCCGACGAUCACGGGCGACAUCGACACCACUGGAUACCUGGAAACAUUGACUCAGACCAGUUCUGUUUCAUCUGCGAUGAACUGUGUGGUGGAGGAGUUAACUUACGCGACUAUGCAUGCUGCUUGUGUUGGCGUGUGAUUCAUUCAACUUGUUUGAGAAAAAAUGCCUCCGAAUAUUGUGAUUUUGGCCCAUAUCGAUACUUUUCUUUUCCUCCCAACAACAUUCAACUCAGACACGCCGGGAAGCGGAUGGUGAUAGGACGAGUUAUCUGGCCGAACCAAGAAGAUUUCAAACCAGUUAUCAUUUGUAUUAACACAGUGUGCGGUUCUUGUACUGGCAAGGUUGUCUACAGAAGUUUUCUCCGUCAUCUUCAUCGCAAUCAGGUGAUAGAUAUCCAAAAAGAGGACGUCAAGUCAGCUUUGCAGUGGAUUGACGACAGUGAAAGGGAGGACGUACGAUUGGUUGUUGCGGGUGGUGAUGGUACGAUUUCAAGUGUCCUAGAUAUACUGGAGGAAUUUCAUCAAAAGCCACCGAUGGCAGUCUUGCCUCUGGGGACAGGAAAUGACCUAUCAAGAGUUCUUGGAUGGGGUGGCGGUACGAAUGGUGAUUUAGAUAUCCUCCAGUAUCUAAACGAUGUUCAUACUGCAAAAUUGCAAAAAGUGGAUCGAUGGAAUGUCAUGAUUAACUCAAAAGACCAGUUUGGGGAAAGUACCAUAACUAAUACCAGGAACAUGAGUAACUACGUUUCUAUAGGAGUUGAUGCCAGUGUCACUUUUGGCAUGCAAAUGACCAGAAAAUCAAUACCAAGAGCACUAAGUAGCAGACUGCUCAAUAAACUUCUCUUCUUUUCCUUUGGCACCAAGGAUGUUUUCACUCGAACAUGUAAAGGUCUUCGCGACAAGAUUUCGUUGUACUUAGACGACCAGUAUGUGCAGCUACCAGAAAUAGAAGGAAUUGUAUUUCUGAACAUUCAAAGUUGGGGUGCAGGUGUACAGCCGUGGAAAUGUGCAAAUGAAGAACGACCUCAAAAGUUAGAUGAUGGUGUUUUUGAAGUUUUCGCUGUUACAUCAUCAUUCCAUAUCGCUCAGAUGCAGAUUGGCCUAGCUUCUCCUCUUUUUAUUGGUCAAGCUCGGAAAGCUGUUGUAGUGACAAGGAACGGAUCUACACUUCCAAUGCAAUGUGAUGGUGAGGCCUGGAUGCAGCCAAGAUGCGAAUUUCAUAUUUCUCUUCACGGAGAGAGUCAAAUGUUACGAAGGAUGAAAUCAACAAUGCAAAACCUUUUUUUCUAG